AUGAAUGUAUAUUGUUGUAUAUCUUACAGUGACAGAGAGGCUGAUAAAGUCCAUGAGUUGGUAGUAGAGGGAGGAGGCUUAUUCAUUGGUGGCCAGGAUUGGUGGUGGGCUUCCGAAAAUCCAGGAUGUGAAGCAGCUGCUGAAUAUCCAGGCAAUAAAAUAAUUAACAUAUUUGAAAUCACUAUCCUCGGACAUACAAUGAAGGAUAUUACAUAUAAAACUUUAUGUGCUGAAGAUGCCUGUCAUCAUUACCAUUUCAGAAAGGGUUUGUCUCAGUUUCAGCAGCACCUGCUGUCAAAAGAAGGAGCACCGUCAGAAGCCUGGCUUAAGCAACUUAGGAGAGACUGUAAGGAAUUAUCGAACAUUCCAGCUGAUGGAGUUGCUUCAGUGUUAUUCACCAGAGAGGUUUUAGCAAAACUAGUGAGCAGACGUGAAAAUAUUACUAAAAUCUAUCAAACUAAAGGGAAUGUAAAAGAUGAAAUUCUGCUGUGUAUAGCUGCAAAUCUGUACAGUACAGGAUAUGGCUAUGAACUAUCAAUGUUUGGGAGUAAAGAAACACAUCCAGCAACCUUUCUUUUGAUCAUUAACGUCAAUGGCAGAAAUAAAGUUUGCCCUGCAUGGAGAAGCACAGGCCUAUACCUUUUUGAGAGAGACACUGCAAUUAUCAGAUUUCCUGAAUGUGCAGUUGCAGCUGGUCUACAGGUACAGAUUGGGUGCCAUUCUGAUGAUCUCACUGGUUGUAAAGAGUGGAAACGCCCACCUAUCGUGAUACAGAAAUUCAAGGUGGACAGAGAGAGGAUGUCAGUCUGCAGCUUUUGGGGUGGUCUAAUUUACAUCAUAGUACUAAAAGGGUGUGACCUAGGCAAUGCAUCUGUAACCGUAGAAGGAGCAUGGCAGGCACCAUUCUUCAGGCAUCGACAAACCAAUAAAUCUGGGUGUCUGAACACUAUUCUUCAUUACUCUGGGAGAUGGGCAGAACUUGUUACUGAAAAUCUUAUCCUGACAGUACCUUCUGACCACAUUCGUUCACUUGACAAUCCUGACUCUGUUCUGUUGAUGUGGGAUAAUAUCACGAAAGGUAUCACUGAGCUAGCUGCCACACCUGAGACAUUUGAAAGACAAGAAAGGAUUGUAGCUGACAUCCAGAUAUCUUGUGGUUGGAUGCAUGCCGGCUACCCAAUUAUUAUUCACUUGGAUUCAGUGAAAGAAAUAACUGAUGUGGCACAUAUGAAAGCUCAUGGACUGCAGGGCCCCAUACAUGAGUUAGGUCACAACCAGCAGAAGUUUGGAUGGGAAAUACCUCCUCAUACCACUGAGGCAACCUGCAGUCUUUGGUCAGUAUAUAUACAUGAAAAGGUACUCAGGAUCCCACAACACAAUGCACAUCAAGAGGUGCAACCAAACAAAAGGAAGGCCGGGAUUACAGCAUACAAGAAGAAUGGUGCAACUUUAAAAAACGGGCAUGUCUGCACCUGUUUGGAAAUCUACCUACAGCUGCAAGAAGGCUUUGCGUGGGAACCCUUCAUCCAUUUGUUCUCAGAAUACCAGAGGCUAUCAAAUAUACCAAAAUAUAAUAAAUGCAAGAUGAAUCUGUGAGCAGAAAGGUUUUUUCACUGUGUGAAGAAAAAUAUGGCUCCUUUCUUUAAGGCAUGA